AUGUCCUCCCGCAACGUGCCCACGAUGAAGUCGCUGUCCGGCGCUGAUCGCCGCUCCGUCAAUGCCAACUACACGUCAACUGCGCGACCCCGCGUCGCUUCUGGAGAGGAACUCGACCGCCGUAGCUCCACCACCGCAGCGUCACAUGCCAGGAAACAGUCAGCACCCAUGCGCGCAACAGGCGCGACCUCGGGCGAGCGUCGCGUGGAGAAGAAGGAGGUGCGCGAGCGGGAGACGGAGAUCAGGCGAACAAAGAGCCCGUUGAAGCAUGCCAGUGAAAGCAGGGCGAAUGCGCGAAGCCGCUCAGAGAAACUCCCGCGCGACGUCGACCGACCCUCACGCAGCGCCGCCUCGCAAAAGUCUAUUCCCGAAGAGCCCCAGAUGCCGUGGGAACCGCAGGCUUCUUUGAUACCGCACACGACCGCCCCGCUGGCGACGCGCAUCUCGAUACCUCCCCUCGCAUCCACCGCGCCUAUAUCGCUGCAGCCCACUCCACUUGCAAAACUAUCGCUAGAAGCACAAGAGAAGGCUAUACUGGAAGAUCUGUUGUUUGUUUUCAUGGGUUUUGAGGGGCAGUACAUUCGAUUCGGCGAUGGCUACAAUCCCCAUGAAGAGAAGGAACGUCUGGUCGGGCCACAGUUCCGCCUGAUGCCCGGCCUGGACCCUAGUCUGAGGGAUCUGACCAAGUCGAUGCUGAAGACUGCUACACACUACAUCGCCGUCGAGACCUGCGUAGAGGUGCUCAGUCGGGAAGAGUACGGUGCCGUGAACCAUGCGUUGUGCGCAGCUGUACGACGGUUGCUCAAGGACUACCUCAUACUCGUUGCCCAACUUGAGCACCAGCUGCUCACGAACGAGUCCUUCACUCUGCACGUCUUGAGUCUGCAUACCAAGCAGACUAGCCACAUGCUCUUCCAGCUCUACACCACCGGGAUCGAGCUGCUGAAAGCUAACGGUAUUUUGGAAGAUGAGAAAGACGAAGACUCAGCCGAUGACGACAGCAAUGACUUCGAAAAUAUCUUGGAGUCGUUGCGCGAAGGAGGAAACGCUGCCAAGAAGCUCUGCAAAGGCGGGAGCGUGCUCGGACUCAUCACCAAGCGGCUAUCGUCCAUGUCGGGAGAUCCAGCGGCUCGCGCACUACUGACCACACUACUACGAGAGGCUAGCAGACCGUAUAUGGCUAUGUUGAACGAGUGGCUACAUCACGGCGGCAUCAAGGACCCGCAUUCCGAGUUCCUGAUCAAAGAGCAGAGAAGCAUCAAGCGAGAAAGAUUAGACCAGGAUUAUACGGACGAGUAUUGGGAGAAGAGAUAUACGAUACGCGAUGCUCUUGUGCCUCCACAGCUGGAAGCCGUCAAAGACAAGGUGCUCCUGGCAGGAAAGUACCUCAACGUUGUAAGGGAGUGCGGAGGCGUCGACGUUAGUAAAGUCGUGCAAGACGCGCCAACCAGCUUCGACGAUCCACGCUUCCUAGACAACGUCAAUUCCUCAUACGCAUACGCAAACUCCUCGCUCCUCAAUCUGCUUCUCACUACACACCAACUGCCGGCACGAUUACGUUCACUAAAGCACUACUUCUUCCUCGAUCGCUCCGACUUCUUCACCUACUUCCUCGAGAUGAGCGAGCUCGAGCUCAAGAAACCAGCAAAGCAUGUUAACGUCGGCAAGCUGCAGUCGUUGUUGGAUCUCGCCACCCGACAUGCUGGAUCAGUCGCCGUGGAGGACCCAUACAAAGAGGACAUCAAAGUUCAGAUUAACGAUACUGGACUCACGAACUGGCUCAUGAAGAUCGUCAACGUUCAGGGUCUUGAUCAAGAUGCUGCCACCGCGACCUUGUCGAAUUACACACCUGCGAACUCAGCGCCGAUCACCGACGACACAAACAUCACGGGAUACCAAGCACUAGUCUUUGACUACGCCAUGCCUUUCCCACUGUCACUGGUGGUUAGCAGAGUCACACUCACUCGUUACCAACUACUUUUCCGAUACCUACUGAGCUUGAAGCACCUCGAAACGGAUCUAGCCAAGUGCUGGGGUGAACAGGGCAAGAACGCCGCCUGGAAACACCGAUCCAAAAACCCGCGUAUCGAACAGUGGAAACGCCGGGCGUGGACACUGCGAGCGCGCAUGCUGGUCUUCGUCCAACAACUUACGUACUACUGCACAUCAGAGGUCAUUGAGCCCAACUGGGCAUCUUUGAUGUCGCGGAUAAGCGAAGAGAAGAAGCAGGACGCAAGGGCCAAGGGCAAGGCAACGGAGGAUGAGAGCGGUGGCCCUCAAGUGAAGCGCACUGUGGAUGAGCUGAUGCAGGACCAUGUUGACUUCCUCGCGACUUGCUUGAAGGAAUGCAUGCUUACUAACAGUAAGCUGCUUCGAAUCAACAACAAAAUCAUGUCAACAUGCAGCAUGUUCGCGUCCUUCACUUACUCUCUGUCCCGCUACCUCGUCACCGGUGAUCCGGACCUAGUCGCCCAAGUUAACGCCUCUUUCGCUCCUCCUCCCCCCGCCAAAAAUUCCAAGAAUCCCGCUGUUACACUAGUCGCUUCUACCCACCGGCCCACAACGCAGUUCGUAUACGACCCCCAGCGCGUCGACAAAAUGUUCGACAUGCUAGCCAAGUACGAGGAGAACUUCACCCGGCAUCUUAAGAUCCUGCUGGACACACUCAACUACCUCGCUGCCACCGAGACAGUAGUCUUCUUGAGUCUGUGCGCACGGUUGACGAGUGCUGGAGAGGGUUUGAGUGGCUUUCAGGUACCCAUGGGUAUGGAGGGUAUUGCUUAG